CACCACGGAGUUUCUUCUCGCAAUAUCCAAAGCUGUCGACGGUUACAGGAGGAGGAGAGAGAAAGAUGAGGCCGUUGCACUUGCACGGUGUCCGAGUGGCAACGCCCGUUUAUUUACCCUUUUGCCAUUCCGCUCGCUUUCCUUCUCUCCCUUCUUUGACCGCACUCCAAAUCGCUUCUCUCCGGAGCUGGAAUCCUCUGUUUUCCCGCGCGCCGAGGCUCAAUUGUAGUUCCGAUCCCUCGAUUCGUUCUUCGAUGUCUUCUCCUUCUUCGACGCCGUCCGCGGCGGCGAGCGCGGAGGGGAAGCCCUUCUCCGUGCUCUUCGUGUGCCUCGGCAACAUCUGUCGAAGUCCCGCCGCCGAGGGCGUGUUUCGAGAUCUGGUGAAGAAGAGAGGGUUCGAUUCCAACUUCAACAUCGAUUCUGCUGGCACCAUCGGCUACCAUGAGGGCAAUCUAGCUGAUCCGAGAAUGAGAACAGCAGCUAAGAGGCGCGGGGUCGAGAUCACGUCUAUAUCGAGGCCGAUGAGGCCAUCUGAUUUUAGGGAUUUCGAUCUUAUCCUCGCAAUGGAUAAGCAAAACAGAGAGGAUAUAUUGGAAGCCUUCAAUAGGUGGAAAUUUAGAGAGACCUUACCUGAAGAUGCUCACAAGAAGGUUAAGUUGAUGUGUUCAUAUUGCAAGAAGCAUGAAGAAAGCGAAGUACCAGAUCCUUACUAUGGUGGACCCCAGGGUUUUGAGAAGGUGCUGGAUUUGCUUGAUGAUGCUUGCGAGUCAUUGUUGGACAGCAUUUUGGCUGAGAAAAGUCAAACUUAAAAUUAAGAUUUUAUCUACUUGGAGGAUUCACCAACAUCAUGAAAUUGCGGUGUUUUAUUUGUUGCUUUGCAGCAUAAUUCAUUACAACUAUAAUGUUGCGAGCACAGCUAGAGAUCUU